UUUCUCUAGCAAUCGUACUUUGCUUGGCUCUUGCUAUGACAAGUGCCUUCAGAAUCAGACAAGGAAACGGAGUCCAGCAACUCAUGACUGACAUGCAACAAGGUAUCCAAGAUGGUAACCAAGCUCUUACUGACACCGAAGCACUCCUCAACGACGCCACCGAAGCCACUGAAGGCAUGGCCAACCAAUUCAUUGGACAAGGUCUCAAUGCUGCAGGACAGUUCACUGGAGCUGCUGUUGGAGGAACCAGACUUCAGCAGAGCGUUGGAGAUGCUGUCAACGUUGCCACUACUGACGGUACUACUUUGACUAAUGACGCUGUUGAGCUUACCAACGACGCCACUUCUGUAUUCAACGACCUCAACAAUCAGUUCAUGAAUACUGCCACUAACUUCAUGGGAGGUAUGAUGGGAGGAGCCACCGGAGGAGCCACUGGAGGAGCCACCGGAGGAGCCAGACUUCAGCAAGGAAACCUCGCUCAAGACAUCGGAACUCUCAACCAGGCCACUCUCGGAGCUAUCCAAGACGGAGAAACCGCUUUUAAUGAUGCUCUUGAUCAAACUGAGUUAUUGACCAACAACGCUCUCCAAGGAUUCGAGAAUGCUAUGGGCGCCCAAGGAGCCACUGUUAAUGCACCAACCAGACUCCAACAAGCCACUCAAUCUGAUGUAGCUGAUGACACCAACGCCGUCAAUAACGACUUCGCUGGCUUGACUAACGACGGAAUUGCUUUGACAAACGACUUAUUGCAACAAACCAAUGCUGCUUUCGCUCAAUUAAUGGGAGGAUUGACUGGUGCUGCUCCUGGAGGAAACAGAUUAAUGACUUUCCCUCAAAAUUCCGGUGCAAACAUCUUCGGUAGUAUGGGUUUAACUCCUAAUGCUUCACCAGCCAGCAAUGGUGCUACUCCUGCUCCAGCCGGUGAUACUGCUACUCCAGCCGGUGGUGAUGCUGCUCCAACCGGUGGCGAUGCUGCUCCAACCGGUGGCGAUGCUGCUCCAGCUGGUAGAAGAAGACUCCAGAGAUUCCACUAAUUCAGGAAAUGUAGUAGGGCAAUCUAACAGAGAAGUAGUUUUCUGGUAGUUUGUCAAUUAACUAAUCAUAAUCCAAAAAAUAAAAAAUAAAAAAUAUAU